CCUAUCGCGAGCCCGUCCAACUCAGCCUCACCAGCUAGCAUUUGCGCCAGCGUCGUUAGCUGCGUCUGGCAUGCCAGGAUUUGCCCAAGCUAGGCUCGAUACUUAUGGUUUCUGCGCCGUCUGUGACACCGUCAGGCAGGCUCAGGCCAUUCGCUAAACGAGGCGGUUUGCUGGUGCACUAUACAUGGCUAACACCGUUGCACUCCUCAUGCUAUACUGUGCAGUCGACAUGUACUAUCACUGCUUUGUGUCCAUCACAGCCCCGGGAGAUUGCUUCUGUGUCACUGGCGCCCUUCAGCCUGCAGCAUCCGCAGCAAGUACAGAGAGCCUCAAUUCUUGGGGUCUCUGGUGACCGCCACUCGCUCUCGUUGCAAGGAUCAACACGCCAUUUUAGAAUCCUUCAGCAAAAGAUUACCACUCCCUACUUGUAGUAGUAGCAGCAUCAUGGGUAGGUAUAUGCGUG